UAGAACAGUAACAAAACAAAACAGAACGCCCCUGCCCGCACAGUCGCAGACCAUCACCGUCCUUGCUUCUCUUUCCAUCUCUCAGGCAUCAGCCGUCACUCUCCUCCCUCCCUCCCUCCCUCUCUCUCUCUCUCUCUCUCUCUCUCUCAGCAUUUUCGUCCUAUUUAAAUCCUAUUUAUAUUUUGAAAUGCUCUCUCAAUCUCAAUCCUCUUUCCUUUCUCAAUCCCCCAAGUACUGUCCCUCCCACUGCUUUCCAAACACCGCCACCGCCACCACCGUCUCGUUUCCAGCACUCACACUUCAUUCCCCUCUCUGUCUCCAUAUCCACCCAAAGUUUGCUUCCACGAUGACCUCAAAUUCGAAACUUUCUGAUCACUCUGAUACUCUCCAGUCUUUGAUCUCCGAAACCGACCUGGACCGCUUCGCUGAUGUCGCCAACGAGCUUGCUGAUGCCUCCGGUGAAGUUAUUCGCAAGUACUUCCGAAAAAAAUUUGAAAUUCUCGAUAAGGAGGAUUUGAGUCCUGUAACAAUUGCGGACAAAGCAGCUGAGGAAUCUAUGGUCUCAAUUAUAUUGGAGAAUUUUCCAUCUCAUGCAGUUUAUGGUGAGGAGAAUGGCUGGAGGUGUAAAAAGAAGAUCUCUGACUAUGUUUGGGUUUUGGAUCCAAUAGAUGGCACAAAGAGUUUUAUUACCGGCAAGCCCUUGUUUGGUACACUCAUUGCUCUACUGCACAGAGGUAAACCGAUUGUUGGCGUAAUUAAUCAACCUAUACUGAGAGAGAGAUGGAUUGGGAUAAGUGGAAGGAGAACAACAUUGAAUGGGGAAGAAUUGUCUACACGCUCUUGUGCAAAACUGUCACAAGCAUACUUGUAUACCACCAGCCCGCAUCUAUUCAGUGGUGAUGCUGAAGAGGCUUUUGCUCGUGUUAGAAGUAAGGUGAAAGUGCCAUUAUACGGCUGUGACUGUUAUGCUUAUGCCCUUUUGGCGUCUGGAUAUGUGGAUCUUGUUAUCGAGUCUGGUCUCAAGCCGUACGAUUUCCUUUCCCUUGUACCCGUGAUAGAGGGUGCUGGAGGAAUUAUAACUGAUUGGAAAGGACAUGAUCUUCAUUGGGAUGCUUCUCCAGAUUCUCGUGCAACAAGUUUCAACGUGGUGGCAGCUGGAGACAAACAGAUUCACCAACAAGUACUAGAUUCUUUGCAAUGGAAUUGAAGAUUUCCACAGAUUUGGGCACCUCCCUCUCCCCUAUUUCAUUAGAAUAAUUGGUGGGACUGCAUGCUCUGAAUUGUAAAGUUUCUACAUUAUAUCACGAUCAAGUAUUUUUUAGAAGUAUGGAAUAUCGUAUUUAUUUAUUUAUAAGAACUCCGUUUUAGAAA